GAACGCGCUUAUAUCAAACACGAAUGGCAAAUUGAAGUUCCAUCGUAAGCUGCUGAUCUGAGUCUGAUCGGACCGCAUUGCUGCUCUCGAGUGUUUUCCGGAUCCGCCAAUACAAUUCAAUAUCGGAAUUAAAAGAAAAAGGGAAGAAAAUGCUGCGCUUGAGAGCGUUCCGGCCGACUAACGAUAAAAUCAUUAAGAUCCAGUUGCAUCCUACACAUCCAUGGCUGGUAACGGCGGAUGCAUCAGAUCACGUCUCUGUUUGGAAUUGGGAACACCGCCAGGUAAUUUACGAGCUAAAAGCUGGCGGUGUUGACGAGCGCCGUUUGGUUGGUGCCAAGCUGGAGAAGCUUGCUGAGGGGGAAUCAGAGCCUAAAGGAAAACCCACAGAAGCCAUGCGAGGAGGCAGUGUUAAGCAGGUGAAUUUUUAUGAUGAUGAUGUACGCUUUUGGCAACUUUGGCGCAACCGCUCUGCGGCAGCUGAGGCUCCAUCAGCCGUCAAUCAAGUCACCUCUGCUUUUACUUCUCCGGCGCCAUCAACAAAAGGAAGACAUUUUCUUGUCAUCUGUUGUGAGAAUAAAGCCAUCUUCUUGGACUUGGUGACAAUGCGUGGACGUGAUGUACCAAAGCAAGAUCUGGACAACAAGUCACUUCUUUGUAUGGAGUUCCUUUCUAGAUCUGCUGGUGGUGAUGGUCCUCUUGUCGCUUUUGGUGGAUCAGAUGGUAUCAUAAGAGUUCUUUCAAUGAUAACGUGGAAGCUUGUGCGAAGGUACACUGGAGGUCAUAGAGGAUCAAUUUCAUGUUUGAUGACCUUCAUGGCUUCUUCUGGUGAGGCACUUCUGAUCUCUGGUGCUAGUGAUGGUUUACUCAUACUUUGGAGUGCAGACCAUGGUCAAGAUUCUCGAGAACUUGUACCCAAACUAAGCUUAAAAGCGCAUGAUGGUGGCGUUGUGGCAGUUGAGCUUUCUAGAGUGAUUGGAGGUGCUCCACAACUUAUUACAAUUGGUGCAGAUAAGACAUUAGCGAUAUGGGACACAAUCUCUUUUAGGGAGUUGCGGCGUAUUAAACCUGUUCCAAAAUUGGCUUGCCAUAGUGUGGCAUCUUGGUGUCACCCUCGAGCUCCAAACCUUGAUAUUUUAACCUGUGUGAAAGAUUCCCAUAUAUGGGCCAUUGAACACCCCACUUAUUCAGCCCUCACGAGGCCAUUGUGCGAACUUUCCUCACUAGUCCCUCCACAAGUACUUGCACCUAACAAGAAACUUAGGGUUUAUUGUAUGGUGGCACAUCCUUUGCAGCCACACCUUGUUGCUACUGGAACCAAUAUUGGUGUUAUUAUCAGUGAGUUUGAUGCCAGAUCUCUUCCAGCUGUAGCUUCCCUGCCAACACCAUCAGGAAGCCGGGAGCAUUCUGCUGUGUAUGUAGUUGAAAGAGAAUUAAAGCUACUAAAUUUUCAGUUGUCCAACACAGCAAAUCCAUCUCUUGGAAAUAAUAGCUCCUUAUCAGAAACAGGAAGGUUUAAGGGAGACUUGUUUGAACCAUUACCUGUCAAACAGGUUAAAAAGCACAUUAGCACUCCCGUUCCACAUGAUUCAUAUUCAGUUCUUUCUGUAAGCUGCUCAGGGAAGUAUCUUGCAAUUGUAUGGCCUGAUAUUCCUUACUUCUCUAUCUACAAGGUUAGUGACUGGUCAAUUGUUGAUUCAGGCAGUGCAAGGCUUCUUGCUUGGGAUACAUGUCGUGACAGAUUUGCUAUAUUGGAAUCUGCAUUGCCUCCUAGAAUUCCCAUUAUUCCUAAGGGUGGUUCAUCAAGAAAAGCAAAAGAAGCUGCUGCAGCAGCAGCACAAGCAGCAGCAGCAGCUUCUUCUGCUGCUGCUGCAGCCUCUGUCCAAGUCCGUAUCUUGUUGGAUGAUGGGACAUCAAAUAUAUUAAUGAGGUCUAUUGGUGGCCGCAGUGAACCGGUCAUUGGCUUGCAUGGGGGCGCACUACUUGGUGUUGCCUAUCGAACAUCUAGGAGAAUCAGUGCUGUUGCUGCAACAGCUAUUUCAACAAUUCAGUCAAUGCCCUUGUCAGGAUUUGGAAGUAGUGGUCCUUCUUCUUUUACUACUUUCGAUGAUGGAUUUUCUUCUAAUAAAUCUCCAGCUGAGGCAGCAGCAAAUUUUCAGCUCUAUAGUUGGGAGACUUUUCAACCUGUGGGUGGUCUUCUGCCACAGCCAGAGUGGACUGCAUGGGACCAAACUGUUGAAUAUUGUGCUUUUGCAUAUCAACAAUACAUUGUCAUAUCUUCUUUGCGCCCCCAAUAUAGAUACCUGGGAGACGUUGCAAUUCCCUAUGCUACCAGUGCUGUUUGGCAUCGAAGACAGCUCUUUGUGGCUACGCCAACUACCAUCGAAUGUGUUUUUGUGGAUGCUGGAGUGGCGCCUAUAGACAUAGAAACAAGAAAGACAAAAGAGGAGAUGAAACUGAAAGAGGUACAAGCAAGAGCCAUUGCUGAACACGGAGAGUUAGCACUGAUCACUGUGGAGGGUCCCCAAUCUAUUGCACAAGAAAGAGUAUCCUUGAGGCCCCCAAUGCUACAGGUGGUGCGAUUAGCUUCUUUUCAGCAUGCUCCUUCUGUUCCACCUUUCUUAACUUUGCCGAAACAAUCUAAAGUUGAUGGGGAUGAUUCAGCGAUGCCAAAGGAAAUGGAAGACAGAAAGGUUAAUGAGAUAGCUGUUGGUGGUGGAGGGGUAUCUGUGGCUGUUACUCGUUUUCCAACAGAGCAGAAACGACCAGUUGGACCUCUGGUUGUAGUGGGUGUCAGAGAUGGAGUUCUUUGGCUAAUUGAUAGGUACAUGUGUGCACAUGCCUUAUCCCUUAGCCAUCCAGGUAUUCGCUGCCGGUGUCUUGCUGCCUAUGGAGAUGCUGUUAGUGCAGUGAAAUGGGCAAGUAGGCUUGGCAGAGAACACCAUGAUGAUUUAGCACAAUUUAUGCUUGGGAUGGGAUAUGCUACUGAAGCACUUCACUUGCCUGGAAUAUCUAAGAGGUUGGAGUUUGAUCUGUCCAUGCAGAGCAAUGAUUUGAAAAGAGCUCUUCAGUGCCUCCUUACAAUGAGCAACAGCAGGGAUAUAGGACAAGAUACUACUGGGCUUGAUUUGAAUGACAUUCUCAGUUUAACAGCUAAGAAAGAAAAUGUUGUGGAAGCUGUUCAAGGAAUAGUGAAAUUCGCAAAGGAAUUUUUGGAUCUUAUUGAUGCUGCAGAUGCUACUGCACAAGGUGAAAUUGCUCGUGAAGCUCUUAAGAGGUUAGCUGCUGCAGGCUCUGUAAAAGGAGCUUUACAGGGUCAUGAGUUAAGAGGACUAGCUUUGCGUCUUGCUAAUCAUGGAGAAUUGACACGGCUGAGUGGUUUGAUAAACAAUCUGAUCUCAGUUGGUUUGGGACGUGAAGCAGCAUUUUCAGCUGCAGUUUUGGGAGACAAUGCUCUUAUGGAAAAGGCAUGGCAGGAUACAGGGAUGCUUGCCGAGGCUGUGCUUCAUGCACAUGCCCAUGGGAGACCAACGUCGAAGAAUUUGGUUCAAGCUUGGAACAAAAUACUGCAGAAGGAUGUUGAGCACACUCCAUCGACAAAGACAGAUGCUGCAGCUGCCUUUCUGGCUUCCCUUGAGGAACCCAAGCUUUCAAGUUUGGGAGAAGCAGGGAAGAAACCGCCCAUUGAAAUUCUUCCUCCUGGGAUGACAUCUCUCUCUGUUUCUAUUUCUGUUCAGAAAAAAACAGUCCCUGCCAAUCAGAGUUCACAACCGGACAAGCAAUUGCUAUUAGAAGCACCUCCUGCUACCACACCAGUGAGCGCUCCACUCCAGUCAGAGUCCACAUCAGCACCAGUGAAUGCUCCACUCCAGUCGGAAUCCACCUCAGCAUCAGUGAGUGCUCCACUCCAGUCAGAAUCCACUCUGGGACCAAUGAGUGCUUCCCUGCAGUCGGAAUCAAGUAAACCCGUUUCAGACAAUGGAGCCCCCGGAUCAUCAUCAGUGAGUGAUCCAGAUUCAAUUGCUUCUCAGGCAAGUGUCCGGGCAACAUCUAUGAGUAACUCAACACUGGCAGAGGAGACAAGUAUUCCCACUACAUUGCCGAUGAGUGACCCACUUUCUUGAAUAGCAGAUUCUGCCAAUCUGUGUAUUUCAAACAGAAGUUUUUCUACUGAUCGUACUACAGAUCCAUUGUCUUGUCAUAUAAAGCAUUCUUUACAGUGCAAUGCAAUUUGGAGAGUAGAGGAAAUUCAUUCGUGCUAAGUUUCAAGUUUGUUUAUAUUUCUUAAAAUGAAUGUAUUCUUGCUUUUAUAUGGUUUAACUCUUCUUUUUCAAAAAAAUAUAAUAUAAAAUAAAAUAGCUGAUUCGGAUUCUCAA